AUGCUUCAAGCCAAACUGAAGAAUGCCGUUGAGAAGAGUGAACUGAUUCAGAACCAACUUGAUGAUGCACUCUUGCAGAUUGAAUUCCUACAUCGCCAGGCUGAUAAUCAGAAGUAUCAAGAAUCAAUGACAAGUACUGGUGAAAAAUCGCCGAGCACUGUUGAGCCAACAGUCUCAGCAACUGAUCUGGAUGAGUUAUCGGAGGAACUUAUUAAAGUGAGCCGUAACAAAUACGAUUUGCAAGAAAAGUUGAAACGCGUUGAAAAAGAGGCAGAAGCAUCGAAAGAACGUGUACUGUUUUUGGAAAGUGAAGCACGUCGUAUGGGAGAAGAACUGUGGAUUGCGAAUGAAAGAGUCGCCAAUCAAGGUCGUGAACUCGGUGACGUUCAUGGACAGUUGUCGUGGCUGAAGAGCGAGAAUGAAAGAUUGAGUAAGGAAAUGGAAGAGGAAAAAAGAAAGGCUGGUGGAGUUGAUUACUCAAAAUAUGAAGAGAUGUCCAGAGCGGUUGAUACACUUCGCGUUGAAAAGAGCAAACUCGAAUGGAAUCUCGGAGAAGUAACGCAAUGGUGGAACGAUGCUAAAUGGAGACAUGAAUCGUUACUUCAAUUCCGUGACCAAGCUAAAAACACACUCGAUGGAACAUUCCUAAUACGUAAACAACCUAGUGAUGGCCGAUAUAAGUGGCGUUUAGCAAUGUGGGAUGAGAACUCACCUGAUGACCUCAAAGAAUAUCGACGGGUUUGGUUUGAAACAACAGCUCCGGAAGCUAAACGCGUCUUCUUAUCCGCAACAUUCGUGAAUUGGGAAUGUGCGUUGGUGUGUAAUAAAUUCGAUGAAGCGAAUGGCAAAUUUGGUGUUUGGGUUGAUAUUCCACCAGGUCGUUAUGAAUUUUUGUUCGUUGUUGAUGGUGAAUGGAAAACAUCUGAGCUAUAUCCCACCGUACCGAAUGAUUUCGGAUCACAAAAUAAUUGGAGAUAUAUUGAUUAG